ACACUGUAUAUAAAAAAGUUUAACAUACAAUGUAUAUUAGCAAUACAGAGCGGAUCUUUAUGCAAUCGAAGGAGAAAUGUUUAUAUUUCCCGCUCUAACGCACAAGUUUUGGUUGACCAAUAAACGUCGAGUGUUACUUAAAAUUUAUUGUAAUAUGGCCGCCAGUGUUAGUUAGGUGUUAUUUUGACAAGUUGUGUUUUUCUUAAUUUUUCAAGAUAUCUAAGAGCAAGAUAGUAAAUUAAGUAUGUCUCGCAAAAAUGUUCGGCGUGCAGCCAGUACGGAGGCAUUGAAACAAAUGCAACUUCUCUCUGACACUGCGUACGAUGACGAUCCUAGCGACACAUUUCGCGUACCAUCAGAGGAUGAUGAUUACAUGGCAGAAGACGAAAUGCCACCCAAAAAAAAGUAUCGCCUUAGCCAUCGCAAAUCGUCAGACGGUAAUGAUCGCGACGUAAUAGUCCUUAAGAGCAUUGGUAGCGAUGAUGCCAGCGACGAGCCGUUUCUUAUGGAAUGCGAGGAAGAUGAACUGUCCUCGGUUCAGGUUGAGUGGCAUAAGAAGGUGGAAAAUGAGCUGGACGAGUUGUCAAAGAAACUGGAUACGUUCACCAAGCAUGACAACACUGAAAUUCUGCACCAAGGGGAGGCUUGCAGUAUCUAUCAGAUUGAAAACAUUACAUCAACCACUAUUCCUGAAACUCCGAAGAAAAAAGCUACACAAAGUGUAUCAAGCACUCAACAGAAUGUAGUAUUAAAACCGGGCAAGCAAAAUAAUUCGUAUCAGUUAGUUAUGGAUCCCAGAUUGGGUGUUAUAGUGGGCACAAUGACACCGACGGGUAGCAAAAACACCUCUUCUUCUCCAUCAGUAUCCAAACCUCAAGUACCAACACCAGUGACAACGAUCACAAGGACCCAACCUCAGCGGCGGCGCGGAAGGAAUAGUGUUGUCGUACCAUCAUUGUCUCCAGCGAAAGCCCAAAAGGCAGUUUCUGUGGGACCGCCACCUUUAGUACAGCUGCGACCGACAGAGACUUCUAAAAACAGUAGUGCCAACGUACAGAAACCUACUACUCCUUCUGCCUCACCUGCUGUUGUUGAUCUGACAACGGAUGACAGUCGACCGCUGCCUGAUUCUCGAGAAAUCUCCUUCAAUAAGCUGCAAGGGAAGACCUUUCCUUCGCUUGUGGUCGUCGCCCGUCCUCACCUCGGCAUAAAAGAUGUUACUGGAGGUGACCGAUCUAAGUUAGACUCCAAAGUAAAAAGUGUACUAAUGCACGUACCUACAAAGUUUACAGAAUGGUUGAUACAGCAGGGCUUGGUACGAUCCGAACAGUACUGUGUGAAUCAUUCAUCCGCAAAAUUGAAACUAGGAAUGUACAGCGAUGUUUCGAGGUUUCCCUUUUCGGGUGGCUAUGUUUGGAUUUCGGAAUGUUGUCCUACUAGAUUUGUAUCUGUGUUUAGUGGGUCAAUAUUUGAAAAUUGUCCCUACCCUCCCAGUGUUAUAUUAAAGCUAAUUUAUCAUUGGGCCUGCCAAACAAAUAUUCAAAAUGUCGUACAAUGGGUUAAAGUUGAUAACUUUUACGUGAAGGGUAUAUAUACAUGGUUACGGGCGAUGUGUACAGUAGCUUUACAUUCUCAUGUUAAGCCGCUUGGGGGUCCAGGGCGCCGUGUCGAAGUUGGUGUGAUAUCAUUGGGGACGACAUCUCAAGAUGGGCAACAGAGACAGGUUAAAGUUGAAGUGCUUGGUUUGCUUGAAUCAGAAGCACGGUUAAUUCGGUUACGAGCCGUCGAACCUUUAGCUGACGGUGAUCGGAAUUACAAAAAGCGUUUUGCAAAAAUAUUAGAACCUCUCGUUAAGUGGGUACAUCCGCAAAGUAUUAUUGUAACCGAUCUGACUGUAGAUAAAGGGACAUUAAAUUCUAUCGGAUUUGCUAACGUUCUCCAAUCCACUUCGAGUGAUGCAUCCCAAAAUAAUCAUACGAUAAUGGAUUAUUUACGAAGAAUUGUACCAAGAAUGUUCCAAAAUACGUUGUCGUUACUAUCUCGGCAGAUUAUUCAACAGUUUUUGGAUGAAUUGGUCUGGAGAGAGUGGUAUGGGACCACAGCCGCAGCAUGUUUCGACAAUCUUCUCCUGCAUUUGUCGGAACAAACCAGAGCCGAUACCGCAGAUUCCCUGCCCGUUCGUUUAAACAAAGUGUCGAAUAAUCCAUUUAGGAAUUGGAGUAUUAUGACAAAGGAGACGCCCCCACCUGCUGUCACUAUCAAACCAGCACCAACUCCGGUUGUUGAAACAAACACGCCCUCUGGUGGUGCCAAACGAACUUCUGGCAGACAGAGGAAAAUCAUUAAUUUCAAAUCGGAUUCUCCCUCACCCACUUUAGAAAUGCAACCCAAGCCCCCAAGAACAAUUUCACCCGAUGUACCUGAGCAGAUGGUGCACUUAGAAAAUUACUAUUACGGAACCAUUCAAGGCACCCAACAAAAUUCAACACCAAAGUUGGGGUAUAACUUAAAGUGUACAAUGUGUAAAAGUCAUUUUAGUAACAAUAUACGGCUAAUGAACCACUUGUUUUCGCACGCCCACAGUGUAACUGGAGGUAUACAACAGUGUAGAUAUUGUUUAUCUAGUGUAGGAUCACCUGAAGGUCUUGCGAAACACAUUGUAUCAUCACAUCCUUCGGAAACGCGCUUUCAAGAGGCGUACAUUUGUAUCAUCUGCGAAACACGUUUUGCUAACUCAUUCUCAUUGGGCAAGCAUCUGUCAAAGGAGCAUGUACCUGCCGAAUUACCCUAUCAGUGCGGCACAUGCAGCUACAGAUGUUCCUCACAUCGCCAAGUCAUUGAUCACUUUUACAGCGAGCAUGACAAUGGUUCAACAAUUCAGUGCCCGUUCUGUUUGAAGUCAACGAGUAUAUGUACAGCGGGCAGAGUUCUGCCACAGAAUCUUAACUAUUUCAUGCAACAUCUACAAAAACAUCAGAAAAAGACUAUGGCGAAAAAAUGUCCUAAAUGUGCCCUAUGGUUUAUACACAAAGAUACUCUCAAAGAUCACCAGAUCACCAUGCAUUCGUCACAGCGUAGCAAGUCCGGUCUGAUAUCGUGGACGCCUCCGAAGAAUGGCCUUAUGGUUCCUAAAUCAAAACAAGACAAGCAGGUGUGGGAGGACACGGAAAGGGAGAUUAAUUUCUCUAAUUUAACCAUUGUUAGUGCCCCUAGUUAUUUAGUUUGUAAAGAAUGUAAAUUCCCGAUUAACGCUUCUCAACACUUCCAGUCGUUAGAUGGUUGCCCCAGCAGAAAUUGUCAAUACUCAACGUCGUGUAAGGCAGCCAUGGAAACGCAUAUGGGCAUGUGCGAGAAACUCAACGCAUCAUUGCCCAUAUCUGUAUUGCCACAUGAAAUGUUCUGCGUGUGCGGUUAUAGUGAUGAUGACGGAAAUAUGUUGGCCAGUCAUUUAGCCAAAUGUGAACGGAAGUCUGCCUAUCCAUCGGCAGAGGAUGCGAAAAAGGCAAUUAAAACGCACAGUAUGCUCGACGUGCUUGGAUUAGUCAGGCGUCCUGAAGAACCUUCAAAUACUACGCCACAGGCUGGCGAUGCUGUAGAUGAGAAACUAGAUGAAGUACUAGAAGUGAAAAAAUCACAGACGAAGAAGACGAAACGACCUAGUAGUAAGGAAAAGAGUCUGGAUAGGAAGGAAUUGAAGCCAAGUAAAAAGUUUAAAAAGGAAAUUGGUACAUCGGACGACGUUGUCGAAAUAAACGACGAAGAGGAAAAGGAAAAUAAGGAUGUUAAACAAGAUGAAGCUGAGAACGUAACUAAAAGUUUAAAUGACGAGGAUAGUAGGAUACCUGACAAAGAAGCAGAAAGUUCUGUGGAUGAUAACAUUCCCGUUGCUAAUGACAAAGAUUUUAGUAAAGAGAAUGGAAAUGACACAGAAGAGACCAGCAAUGAAAUUGCUACUGACAAUGUUGAAACUACGAACAAUUGUAAUGAAGAAACAAACGAGACUGAUCAACAAAAUAACGAUGAAACUGCCAUAACAGAAGAAUCGACGGUGAUUAGUGGGUCAGACAGUAUGGUAAUGGAAGUAGAUAAAUGUAACGAAAGUGAAAGUAAUACAAAAGUGGAUGAACAGACUGACGAAAGUAUGGAAGUUGUUUAAAUAAGUGAUUUAUUAGGUAAUUUACCUACAUUUCAUGAAUUAAGAAACUGAGUAGUGUUCAAAAUAUUACAUUUUCGGUAAUACUGUAUAUAUGUAGCUUAGUUUUUUGGCUUUGUGUUGUUACUGACGAAGGACAAUGCAUUGAAUCUGCAAAUUUAAUGUUAAUUAUUCCAUUUAAUGUUUUCUUUCUGUUUACACUAUCAAUUUAGGGUAACACUCAUUUGCAUUGUAUGAUUUUUUAAAAAAUGUAUAUAAGACAAAAGAUUCGUUUAAUACAAACAUAAAUUCAU